ACAUAAGCCACACUAAGCUACUGGCCAUUUCAGACUAAAUAAGGCUGUAGCAGCAAAACUCAUCAGUGUUUUUAAUGGAGGGAGUUUGCGUUUUAUUGUUUCUGAAUUAGCUUUUAAAUUUUAAGUGCUAUAUUGUGUUAUUUACUAUUCAAAAGUUACAUAGUGUUGCUUUAAAGUUCCCUGAGUUUUUCCAAAAAUAACAUCAGACAAACCCAUGUUGUUGUUUUAUAGUUAUAAUUUUGACCAUUUAAGACAUGUUCUACAAAUGUAUGUUGUCAUUACCCCUUUUAGCAGAACUACAUUUUUAAAUAUCCUGAGAAAAAUUUGAAAAAUAUGAGACCUUUCAUAUAUUGGACUGAUGCUGUUGCAAAUUUAUACUGGCAGUGAUUUUUAUAUCUAUGGUUUUCUCUCCAGUGUCACCAUGUCUGAUUUAGAAGAUCAUGGUGCUCUGUCAAUCUUUCUUUCUCCAGAAGAAGAUGAGGAGCAGGGAGAAGGAGAAGAACGCCCCAAAUACAAGCCAGUGGUCACGCAGCUAGCUGCCCCCAAAAUCCCUGAGGGGGAGAGGGUUGACUUUGAUGAUAUCCACAGGAAAAGGAUGGAGAAAGACCUCCUGGAGCUGCAGACUCUGAUUGAUGUCCACUUUGAGCAGAGGAAGAAGGAGGAAGAGGAGCUGAUAGGACUCAAAGACAGGAUUGAGAGCCGCCGGGCAGAGAGAGCAGAGCAGCAGCGUGUGAGGGCUGAAAAAGAGCGGGACAGACAGACACGGAUUGCGGAGGAGAGACAGAGGAAAGAGGACGAAGAGGCCAAGAAGAGGGCGGAUGAUGAGGCCAAGAAGAAGAAAGUGCUCUCCAACAUGGGGGCUCACUUUGGAGGGUUCCUGGCCAAGGUAGAGCAGAGGCGAGGCAAAAGGCAAACGGCGAGGGAAAUCAAGAAGAAGACUCUAGCAGAGAGACACAAGCCACUGGCUAUAGAGAACCUGAGAGAGGAUGGCCUGAGAGAGAGAGCCAAGGAGAUGUGGGAAUGUAUCUACAAGCUGGAGUCAGAGAAAUUCGAUCUGACUGAGAAGAUGAGGAGGCAGAAGUAUGAGGUUAGCCGUUCAACUGAAAAUAUACGGAAUUUAAAAAAUUUACCAUUUGUGAGGUCAGAUUGUAUGUUUUUUUUCCUUUCAGAUCAACGUCCUCCUGAACCGAAUCCAACAUGCUCAGAAAUUCAAAAAGGUCCAUGGUAAGGGGAAGGUUGGAGGACGCUGGAAGUGAACUCACACAGGAGGCACAAAGAAACAAGAAGACAGUCCACGAUUGCAGCAGUUUUGCAGUGUUCAUCACUUAAGCUAAGAGAGAUAUAAGAGAUCUAUGUGUGGCAAUUACUGAAAUACAACCACUUGCAUUGGCAUCUGUAUUUAUUAAAAUGCAUGUAUACAUAACAUUUUCUAUCAGAAUCAUUCAAAAUGGAAAUCUGAUUAUUCUCCUGGAAAAUUCAAACAGCUACUACAAACAAAAAUGAAGUACUAUCUAUCUUCAUGAAGGAAAGAUAAAUUCUGUCUGCAUAAGAGCUGAUGAAAUGUGCUCUGAAGCAAUGUCAUCUUGCCUAUCAGUUGCAAAUUGUGAAGGUGAAGCUGCUGACAAUGGGGAGCAGAGUAAACCGCUCUGAUGACAUUAACAUUACCAUUAACCACCUUCACUUCUUCCGUGGUAUGAAAACAGCGUGGACAUCAUCAAUCUUCCCCUCAAGCCACGGUUCAAAUUCAGCCUCUAGAGCGAUGCGCAACACUUCCUUUGCAAAGCCUGCUUCCUGCACUUUGCUCAGAUCCAAAAUGUACCUGAGAUACACAGUGACACACAAACACAACUUCAAUGCAAAAACCAGUUACAAUUAUUAUUAAAUGUGAACAGUGAACUUAAAUAUAGGAUAUGUAACAGACAGGAAAUAUCAGAUACACACAAGCAAAUACUCUGCACCUGUGCAUUUCAUUGCCACUGUACUCUUGGUGACUGUACUGUCACCAUGGUAACAAGCCCUGUUACUAUAAAAACCCUCACUUGGCCAACUCCACGACGAGCACAGCGUCUGGUGCUGCAAUCUGUCUCAUUGUUGGGCCCAACUGGUGCACGCAGCUUUACAGCAUUGACAGAGAGGGAACAGAAACACAGGAAUUAAACAUAAUCAGCAGUUAUGUUAGUAUUCUGCUGUCCACUAUAUUUGUAUUUAUAUAUUUAAAUCUCUUAUUGCAUCUUUAUCUUUGUAAAAGAUCAGAGGAAAAGCUUUCACCUGGCAGAGAAGUAGAUUGAGUUGAAGAAGUGUGAAUAUUUCUGUUUUUGUGGCAGUUUGUGGAGUGAAUCCAUAGGCAGGAAGGUCACAGAGAUCCCAUUCAGACACAUCAAGUCUGAAAAGGAUUUGAGAAAAUGCAGUGCUGAAACCAUCUUUUUUACACUGUUACCGUUUUCUGUGUGCUAAACAUCAGAACAGCCUUCAGAAGGAUGCGAAGUGAACUGUCAUACACAUACCAAAACCUAAUUUGCAUUUACGCUUCUUUCAUGUAUUUAAACAUGUAAAUUAAAACACACUGAAAUAC